AUGCAAGAGCCGCCGAGUGGCCCACCGGGUCCAACCCUCUUCGUGACGGGCCUCCCGGUCGAUUGCACCAGCGACUUCUGCAAGUCCGUCUUCGGUCAGUAUGGCAUCGUGAAGGAUGCUCGGAUGCUCCCGGUUGCUCCGGGCAAAACAGCUGCGGCGGCGGUUGUGGAGAUGAACACCGCAGAUGACGCCAAGUGGAUCGUGGAGCAUGUGAAUGGCAACGUCCCGCAGAGCCUGACAACCCCCGUCACGGUGACCUUCAAGUUCAAAGGGAAGGGCUUCGGGAAGGGUUUUGACAAAGGUGGACUUGGGGGAGCUCUUGGAGGUCUGGCUGGCCUGGCGCCUGGCUUGGACUUGAGUGGGAAAGGCCAGGGCCAAGGUGCCUUGGAGGGCGCUGCAAACCCGGCAGCAGCGGCCCUGUUGCAGGUCCUGGUUCCCUUGGUGGCUGCUGUCGCAGGAGGAGGACAGAGCACAUGGUAUCCGCCCAAGCCUCCCCCAGGCGUGCAGAUUUGCAGAUACUUCGAAGCAGGAAUGGCAUGUCCCAGGCAGGGGUGCUACUUCUGGCAUGGCGAAGGGGACGCCGGCAAGGGCAAAGGCCAGGGCGAAGGUGAUGGCGCUGGCGCUGGCAAGGGCGCGAUGCUAGGCUGGUGA